AUUUGUUUGGGGUGGGUGGAGGUAACAUUGCUUGUAGACAUCUUCACGCCUCUAGGAAGACCACAAAUGUGCACGUUUAGCUCGCUGCGCUGUCGCAUCCUGCCCGCCGUCUCGUGGAGACGGACACGCCUCGCGAGCGUUUAGCUUAGCGGUGCAAAUCACACAAUGGAGGUGCAAAUUGAACAGCAGGACGAAGAUCUCACAUUCGGUGCCACGGAUACCAAUGGUAAGCGUCCAGCGGAGGACAUGGACGAGGAGCACGCCUUCAAGCGCUCCCGCAACACCGACGAGAUGUUAGAGCUUCGCGUGCUGCUCCAGAGCAAAAAUGCCGGCGCCGUUAUCGGAAAAGGCGGCAAGAACAUUAAAGCUCUGCGCACCGACUACAAUGCCAGUGUAUCAGUCCCAGACAGCAGUGGUCCAGAGCGGAUCCUCAGCGUAAACGCCAACAUUGACACCAUAGGCGACAUCCUGCUGAAGAUUAUACCCACUUUAGAGGAGUACCAGCACUACAGUGGCAUCGACUUUGACUGCGAGCUCCGCCUGUUGAUCCAUCAGAGCUUGGCGGGCGGAAUCAUCGGCGUGAAAGGCAGCAAGAUCAAGGAACUGCGAGAGAAUACACUCACGACCAUCAAGCUGUUCCAGGACUGUUGCCCCCAUUCUACGGACAGAGUGGUAUCUGUGGGCGGGAAGCCGGAGCGAGUCGUCGAAUGUAUCAAAGUCAUUUUAGAACUGGUGGCUGAGUCGCCAAUCAAAGGGCGCACCCAGCCGUACGAUCCCAACUUCUACGACGAAACGUAUGACUACGGCGGCUUCACCGUUAUGUUCGAGGAGCGCGGCAGACGUCCCGGCGGCGGCGGCGGCUUCCCCGUCCGCAUGCGAAGCGGCUUCGAGCGCCUGCCCCCCGCACGCAGCAGUCGCCCGCCGCCCCCCUCCCGCCGGGAUUACGACGACCUGAGCCCCCGCCGGGGUCCGCCGCCGCCGCUGAGUCGUGGACGCGUGGGCAGCCGGGCACGCAACUUGCCACUCCCGCCGCCACCGCCGCGAGGAAGCGAUCGAUUCUCCCACAGCAGUUAUCAUGAUGACAGACCAAGCGACAGAAGAAGCCGCGGAGGAGAGCGCUACGACAGCAUGAGUGGAGGCGGCUAUGACAACAAUUCCUGGGAUCACUUUCAUUCCAGUGGCCGAGGCUCGUACAGCGACAUGGGAGGGCCAGUCAUCACAACACAGGUCACCAUCCCCAAAGACCUCGCCGGCUCCAUCAUUGGCAAGGGCGGCCAGAGGAUCAAGCAGAUCCGCCAUGAGUCCGGAGCGUCCAUCAAAAUCGACGAGCCGCUGGAGGGCUCGGAGGACCGCAUCAUUACCAUCAUCGGAACGCAGGACCAGAUCCAGAACGCGCAGUACCUUCUGCAGAACAGCGUGAAGCAAUAUUCCGGUCGAUUCUUCUAGGACGGAAGCAAGAUGAGCAAAGCCAAGUUCUUGGUUGGUUCUACCAAAUCUGUUGAAGCUUCUGGGGAUAUUGUUAAAAAAAGAUGUAAGAAGUUGCCCCAAAACAUGUCUGUGCCGGUGUUGAUGACUUUCAAGGACAUGAUGCCAUUACAUUACAUUUGACCUUAAUGUUGUUUGCAUUACAGUGGAGCAUGCAACUUUUUGAAAUGAAAUUUCACACUUGAUGAGCCGCAAUUAGCUUAGCAUUCUUAGUUGCCAACCUUGUGACAAAACUGAAAUGGUUAACUGUGAAUGUUUUCUUCAGAGGCUUGUGGUUUUCCAUUUCUUUAGCUAACAUUUCAAUGUACAUGUCUUAGUAGAACACAAAAAAAUGACACGUUUGAUGAAUGUUUGAUACUUUCAAAAAGAUUUUUACAUUUUUCAUAGAGCGGCGAGUCACUGUACAAAUUGUGUAUAUAAUAUUUACAUGCAUUUUUCCCCUUCUCUCGCCAAAUGAAUGCUUUGAUAGUUCAUGUUUUGUUUAAGUGUUAAAUGUAUUCUUACAUUUGAUAAUUUUAGUGGUUUAUAGCCAUUUGUGAAAUGGCAAAAAAUGACACUCUUUAUAUGUAUCUGUGAUUGCUAUCCCGCAAGCAAUUGGCAAAUAAAGUUUUUUUUUUUUCAAUCAUCAAUAA